GUUUGAGAAUUUAUCAAAAUGAUAUCAGACUCAGAUUAGAUUAGUGUUUGUUCGUGCGUCUUUCUGCAGCUUUUGAUUCACGACCCUCGCCUGAUGACGUCACCUGAUUGAUGCCAUCAUGUCAUUAAAGCGGGAUGUGCUGGUGAGGAACCGAAACGGUGUCCCCUCCUCUCCUCUGACUCGUUUCCUUGGUAAUAAAAGAAGCAGAAAUCCAUAAAGCGCAGAGGUGGAAGCCAAAACAAGAGGAAACAGCUGUUUUUCACGCAGGAGGAGAAGCUUUUUAUUUUAAUUUUUAGCUAUUAUUAUUGACUAUAUUGGGGAGCUGAUUGAAACAAACUGUCAUCGUUUGUAAUCCGGUGACUUUUGGAGGAAGCCUCACCUCUGAGUCUCUGGCACACUUCAUAGGAUCUUCAAUCCAUAGAGUCUCCUCCGUGAAGAUGUGCUGCUGAUGUGCUGCUGCCUCCAGAUGGCGGGGGACAAACGGAGAUAACAGGAGGAAAAGAAAGGGAAAAAAAAAUCAAUCAUCUUUGUUUGCGACUGUGAUUCCUGAGUGGAAACUGUUCUGAUUAAGCAGGAACAAUGGCGUCUUACAGUCCUGCUCCCACACAAGAGGGGACAAACGGGGGUCCCCCAUCCAUAAAGUCAGGGAGUUCCGAGGAGUCCAUGAAGCUGAAGAAGGAGAUCUCCCUUCUGAACGGGGUCUGCCUGAUUGUGGGGAACAUGAUCGGCUCCGGGAUCUUCGUCUCCCCCAAAGGCGUCCUCAUCCACAGCGCCUCCUACGGCCUCUCCUUGGUGGUGUGGACCAUCGGUGGGAUCUUCUCCGUAUUCGGGGCCUUAUGCUACGCCGAGCUGGGCACCACCAUCACUAAGUCGGGGGCGUCAUACGCCUACAUCCUGGAGGCCUUCGGGGGCUUCCUGGCCUUCAUCCGCUUGUGGACGUCGCUGCUGAUCAUCGAACCGACCAGCCAGGCAAUCAUCGCCAUCACCUUCUCCAACUACAUGGUGCAGCCCAUCUUCCCCACCUGCAUACCGCCAUACGUGGCCAACAGGCUGCUGGCAGCUGCUUGCAUAUGUUUGUUGACCUUCGUGAACUGCGCCUAUGUGAAAUGGGGCACCAGGGUCCAGGACUUCUUCACCUACGCCAAAGUGCUGGCCCUCAUCGCCGUCAUCAUCACCGGCCUGGUGAAGAUCGGACAAGGCUACACGCAGAACUUUGACGGCAUGUUCGACGGCUCCACGCGGGAUCCCGGACACCUGGCCCUGGCUCUUUACUCGGCGCUCUUCUCCUACUCCGGAUGGGACACGCUCAACUUUGUCACAGAGGAGAUCAAAAACCCCGAAAGGAACCUCCCCCUCGCCAUCGCCAUUUCCAUGCCCAUCGUGACGGUGAUCUACAUUCUGACUAACGUGGCCUAUUACACCAUCCUCCCCAUCAACGCCAUCCUGGACAGCGACGCCGUGGCUGUGACGUUCGCAGACCAGGUGUUUGGCGUGAUGAACUGGACCAUCCCUCUGGCCGUGGCUCUGUCCUGCUUCGGCGGGCUCAACGCCUCCAUCGUUGCGGCCUCCAGGCUGUUCUUCGUGGGAUCCAGGGAGGGCCACCUGCCCGACUUCCUGUGCAUGAUCCACAUCAGCCGCUACACUCCCAUCCCCGCGCUGCUCUUCAACGGCUUCAUGGCUCUCAUUUAUCUGUGCGUGGAGGACGUCUUCAGGCUCAUCAACUACUACAGCUUCAGCUACUGGUUCUUCGUCGGUCUGUCCAUUCUAGGACAGCUUUACCUGCGCUGGAAGGAGCCAGACAGAGUCCGACCGCUGAAGCUCAGUCUGGUCUACCCCAUCAUCUUCUGCAUCCUCACCGUCUUCCUGGUGGUGGUGCCUCUCUACAGCGACACCAUCAACUCCCUGAUCGGCAUCGUCAUCGCCCUGUCAGGAGUGCCCGUUUACUUCCUCUGCUGCUACAUUCCGGCCUAUAAGAGGCCGAUGUGGCUGCGAAAGUUUAUUGCUAAAAGUGGCGUCCUCAUCCAGAAGGUGUGCUUCUCAGUCCUGACAGAGAUGGACGUGAAGUCAGACUAGUUUGAUCUCACAUCCUGCCAGAAGAGGCUCAUUCAUUCGUGACUCAGCCGUCUGAAGGCCUCUUUGGGACCGACAUGGACUGAGCUGGACCUGGAUCCACCCGUGAUCGUGGACGCGCAGACAAUCGGCUUUGGGGCUUUGAACAUUUCACCAACACUCCUGAAGGAGACGCCUUUCUCUGUGGACUUGUGCCUGUUCAUAUAGAAUUAUUUAAUUGAGAUUUAAAGUAUUUUUUGUGAAACCGACAUGAAAAACCCUGAAGCACUGCUGACCGGCCUUGAAAUUGCCUAUUCUAUUCUAUUUGUUUGCACAAAGCGAUAAAAGACUUUAGAUUCAAAUAUCACAUUCACUCGUUUGUACAAGAGUUUGUAAAAUGUUUUUUACUGGGAUCUGUUUGAUCUGGUGAAGUAAAGGGCUAUUUUCACAAAUAAAAACA